GUGGGCGGGAAGAGAGUGUCACGGACGGAUAGAGAGAGAGAGAGAGAGAGAGAGAGAGAAAGAGAGAGGCUGAAGAGGCAGCCGCUCGCUCGCUGGCUGGAUGCUGAAGUGUGCCGUCGGGAGCGUUUCUCCAGCAGCAGCGGCCGUCGUCGUGGCUUUCCGAGCGCUUUUCAUUGCUGACGUUUGGCUUUCGUUUGCAUAGAGCGGCCCUCGCGACUUGACCCCGGCACCCCGCGCAGAGCCCUCAUUCCGGAAAGUGGGAACAAGACAAACGGUCAGCCAGCCAGCGCUCCCGGGAAGACGAGACUGCUGCCAGGCGGAGGCUCGGCGAGAUGAACGAGAGUCGGAGGGAAGCGCUGGCGGCGGCCCCCGCGCCCACCGCCGCCGCCUCCUCCUCCUCGGCCUCAUCCAACACCACCGGCGUGGCGGGAGGCCCCGGGGCCGGACCCAAAGACGAGGCCUUCUCAAAGCUCAAGAACAAGUUUAUGAACGAGCUCAACAAGAUCCCACUGCCGUCGUGGGCCAUCGUGUCCAUCGCCUUCGUGGCAAUCAUCUUGGUGCUGGCCUGCUGCUUCUGCGUCUGCAAAAAGUGGAUAUUCAAGAAGAAGAACAAGAAGAAGGGCAAGGAUAAAGGCAAAAAUGCCAUCAACAUGAAGGACGUCAAGGACGGAGGCAAAACCGAGGCCUUGAAGGAUGAGGAGGACGCCGAGACAGGCCUGACCGAAACGGAGAAAGAGGCCGAGCCCAAGGAGGAGCAGAAACUGGGCAAAUUACAGUACUCGCUGGAUUACAAUUUCACCGAGAACACGCUCAUGGUGGGAAUCAUCCAGGCGGCCGAGCUUCCCGCCAUGGACAUGGGCGGCACUUCCGACCCGUACGUCAAAGUGUACCUGCUCCCCGACAAGAAGAAGAAGUUUGAGACCAAAGUCCACCGCAAGACCCUUAAUCCCACCUUCAACGAGCAGUUCACCUUCAAGGUUCCCUACGUGGAGCUGGGCGGUAAGACGCUGGUCAUGACGGUGUACGACUUUGACCGCUUCUCCAAGCACGACGCCAUCGGCGACAUCAAGGUGCCCAUGAAUAAGGUGGACUUCAGCCACAUCACCGAGGAGUGGCGAGACUUGCAGAGCGCCGAGAAGGAGGAGCAAGAAAAACUGGGCGACAUUUGCUUCUCCCUGCGCUACGUGCCCACCGCCGGCAAGCUAACCGUGGUGGUCCUGGAGGCCAAAAACCUGAAGAAGAUGGACGUGGGCGGACUGUCAGAUCCGUACGUGAAGAUCCACCUGAUGCAGAACGGCAAACGUCUGAAGAAGAAGAAGACCACCAUCAAGAAGAACACGCUCAACCCGUACUACAACGAGUCCUUCAGCUUCGAAGUCCCUUUCGAACAAAUCCAGAAGGUGCAGGUGGUGAUCACGGUGCUGGACUACGACAAGAUCGGCAAAAACGACGCCAUCGGCAAAGUGUUCGUGGGCCUCAACAGCUCGGGAACGGAGCUCCGCCAUUGGUCCGACAUGUUGGCCAAUCCCAGGAGACCCAUCGCCCAGUGGCACGUGCUCAAACCUGAGGAAGAGGUGGACGCGCAGCUCUCCACCAAGAAAUAGGCAGGAUCCCCUCAGAAUCGGAAAAAAAUAAACCCCGCCCCCCGACCGUCGCCUCCUCCACGCUCCUGCCUUCUUGUAUAGCAGGGGUGGGCAACGCUUGACCCGGGGUCCACCGGUCCUUGGUUUUGAUUUGUUCUAAAGCCAAUUUAGUAUCAUUUGCUGCCAUUGGCGGCAUUCGCCCGUCCCAAUCAACGUGGAUUGGACGUCAAAGACAGUGAAUGAGUGACGUUACCCCCGCCCCCAAUUGAAAACAUUCCUGAUUUAUUGUAGUAAAUCACCAAAAACUCAUUUCAUAUUUAAAUGAUAAUUAUGUAAACAAUUGUGCAUUCUUCAUAUUGUUUUAUUAUCAAUAACUGACCUGUAGUAUGCAUUAAAAACAAGGAUACACAUUUUUCGAAAGUUUUCAAAUUUACUGCAAAUGAUGUGAGGGGUCAGUUAUAUACAUUUAACAUCAUGAAAUUGGUUAAUGAGUCUUGAAUCACUUUAGAUUUCAUUUUUAUUUCAAUCAUGUAAUUUAAAAAAAUGACUAUGUCCCGCAAACACUCGUCCAUUUUUCGAACAAGACACCUCGGACCAGUCGCCGUCCAGUCACGCAAAGAAGCAUAUGCUAUUGGCUUGACGAGGCAGCAAUUCUACUCACGAAUUUAUACAGAUGUUUUCAUUUUUCUUGUGUGAUAAAUUCAUUUGUACAGACCGACUUAACACGGCGUGCUUUACGUCAAAAAAUGGGAAAAAGUGGCCCCCGGGGCAUCCAAGUUGCCACGCCCCCUCCUUCUAUAGCCAAUCUGUGUAAAUACCUCAGUGACACGCCUCCUCGCUUUUCCCGCCAUCAGGGUCGUCUUGUCGCUCGGUCGCACCCACCCCCCCCGGCUCCGCCCCCUUCUUUUAAGCAAUAUGACGUGUAUAGCUGACAUAGCGCAUGACUGACAUUCUUGUACAUAUAUGACGUUCGUCCGCCCCCCCCAUCGUACUGUAUGCAGGUCACAUUACUAGUUGUUUCUAUGUUGUUCUAUCUGGAUGUUUUUAAUAAGAUGUUCUAUUUUAUGCGUGCGAAUGCGUGAGUGCGAACCAGAGCCAAUAGGACGCAAUCCAGGAUUUAUGAAUAAUACAUACUUCUUGUUACUGCAUUCCAUGUUUUCAGAAAAAAGACACGCAUGAUUUCUUACAAGUUUUUCUACUUAUUUGUCAGUCGCCAAUUCGUACCACCCGCGCCCAAGUCGUGAUAAAAGCACCGAGUCGCCGCCGUGUCCUUAAACUCCUCGUUUUUGUUAGCCUCUUCGGCCGGCGUCCGCCGAGUUUUUUUUUGUUGUUUUUUUGGGUCGGGUGACGCCGGUUCGUAAACACUGCCAAAACAAAACGAGCGUCGGCUUUUCGGACACAACUUUUUUGCUUUUUGCUCAUGCGUUCGCACUCUUUGGGAUUUUUUUUGCUGUUCUUGCUUUGCGAAAACGACUUUCCUUGAGCGUCAUUGAUGUAAUUUACACGCAAGCGAUCAAAUGUCAAGAAAAGAGUAUACACUAGUGUCGCACCGAUACCAUUAUUUGGCUACCGAUACAGAUUGGAUUGGAUUGGACUUUCCGGAUGCCACAUUUAAAAAAAAAAAAAAAAAUCUUUUCAUACUAAAUUACUGAAUACUCACUUGACUAUAACAUAAUCGCUAUCAUGGCUUGGUCAUUGUCUGCCAUUGGCGUCGCUAUACAUCGUCAAUGGCAGACAAUAAGUUGAUAAUUAAAUAGUGUAUUGUCAUCCUUUCUGUCCACGUGUUUCUCCACCGAUUGCUGAUCAUUCAUGUCAAUGGCAGCCGGUGUAUUAAGAGACUCAUUGCAGCGCUUGAAAUGACCGCUUUUGGUCAAAUCGAGCGGUCAGGGGGGCCUUUUUUCGCUUUUUCCUCUAGUGUAGUUUUGGGAAAAGCUGCCCAUCGCCAUCAUUCCACGGGCAUCCCUUGACCGAACGCCCGCUUCGUGUAUCACUGUGAUGCCGUGCGUGUAGACGUGUAGCGCUAGUCCGUCUCGUAGUGAUGUCGCCGAUUCCCCGCCGAGAGAGUUUGUCGAGCGCCGUGUUUUGAAAUGCUCAUCCCGUCAUCGAAAAAAAGGCGAAAUUCCGAGCGAGGAAGCAGCGACGACGACGUUCCCCGUUUGGUUCGGUUUUCCACUUCAGGGAGUUGAAUACCAAACGAGCUCUCCAAAUCUGUGUGUGUACAUAUUUACAUAAAAAAAUGUAUAUCUAUAAGAAAUAUAAUAAUGGAAUCUUCUUUUACGUGUCGCCAUCCUUUUCUAUUGGAGGUUACAAUGUUGAAUGUACAGUACGGACUGUGUUGGUGUUGAUUAGAUGUAUUUUGCACUUUUAUUUUGUAUGAACUCAACCUUUGGCGUCAUUUUCAAACCCCGAAGAAUAAGAACAGCAAAUUUUCGAGGAAACGUGUCGGGAAAAUGAGACGUGCAAAGUAGAAAAAUGGCGGGAAUGCAGUGGCGGGUGGCGCUGCAGGAAAACACUUUGAAAAACAAAACAAAAAACAGACUAAAUAAAAGCCAUUCCACUGCAGCGGCGCCGAGCCAAGCUCCGCCUUUGACGAUUCCCUGCACCAAUCAGAGCAAAGCGGUGUAAAAAGUGCGUGACGAUCCUUGUUGCCUUUGCUGUUUCCAAAAACUGCCUGCUUUGACUAUUUUGUGCGUUUUCCUCCUCCGUGAGCUCGUAAAAAUUGUUCAUCCUUUAUUUAUUUUGUUUUGUUUUUUUUCUCCUGUGCGUGUGCGUGUAUGUUGUGAUUCACUCUGUGGGGUUUUCUGACUGUUGUUCUAUAACUUCAUAAUAUACAAAUGAUCAAUCAAUAAAAAAAUGUUUAAUUUCCCAGUUGAUAUAUAGAA